ACAACAGGAGUUUGAGAAGAGUACCCAAUCUGUCACUGAACUUUUUGCAAUUACUUACUUUCUUGCCAUCUCAUUUUCAGUAAUAUCUUGCCUGAGGUUUGUGUAUUUUAUUUCAUGAGCUGGAAUAUAUUUCAUAGAUUGCAAGUCUUAUAUUGCUCAACAUUGUUUCAUAUACAUUUUACUCAACAGGUUUGACAAUGUGAGGAAUAAAGCGUGGGUGGCUUCUCUUGGAGUUUUUUCCACUGCACAAGCAGUGCUGUCCAGCUUCGGGCUGCUGUUACUCAUGAAUGUGCCAUUUGUUAUUACUGUGGCAUCUUCUCCAUUCCUGAUUCUUGGUAAGAUACUGUAUCCACUCUGAAAUAUUUAUUAUCUUUAGAAUUUUGAACUGAUUCAUCCCUACAUUUGGUACAGCAUAGCACUAUGGUUUGCUAGUCUUAUUUUUGUUGAACAUUAUUUGCGUUUUAUGUUAUAUUUUAUAUUGCACUCAAAAAAUGAAACAAUAUUUGACUGUGAAACAACUUUUUAACUUUGGUAUUUCCUGCAUUUGGAAGCUCACUAUCACUAUUUGACGACCCACUGGUAUAGCUUAUAUCAAAAUAUCAGACACACUUCACCCAAACGCUACUGUUUUGAGAUUUAUAUUUUGAGACCUGGAUAGAUUUUAAAUGCCAUAUAGAACAUACAACUGUAUGUUCUGUAUAGUUCUAAAUAUAUGGACAUGUGACAAAAAAAAUCUGCUAGAUUAACUGGGUGGCACAUCUUACCCCACUCACUGUAAGUUACAUUGGAUAAAAUGGUCCAAAGGCAUAAAUGCAAAUGCACACAGAGCACCACAUUUCAUAUUCUCCACAACUGACACAUUUUCAUUUCAAAAUGUGAAACUGUUUUUUAGGAAUCGGUAUCGAUGACAUGUUUAUCAUGAUCUCCAGCUGGCAACGAACCAACAUUCAAGACACAGUGCCAGACCGUAUGGCUGAUACCUACAGGGAGGCAGCCAUUUCCAUUACUAUCACCACCCUGACUGACGUGCUAGCCUUCUACCUCAGCUAUGGUAACCCCUUUGGCUCAGUUCAGUCUUUCUGUUUUUAUGCGGGCACGGCCAUCUUGUUCUGCUACUUCUAUAACAUCACUUUCUUUGGAGCUUGUCUGGCUCUGAAUGGCAGAAGGGAGGGGGCGAACAGACACUGGUUAACUUGCAUGAAGGUCCCAGAGGAGGUCCCACCAGGACGGUCUAAAGCAUACGCUGUCUGCUGUCUCGGAGGAUCUUACAACCAUGACACAGGAACCGAGGAAGAGCACCCAAUGACAUUGUUCUUCAGGAAGUACUAUGGACCAUUUUUGACAACAGUUUGGAGUAAAGCAAUAGUAGUUUUUAUCUACUUAGUAUACAUUGCUGUUAGUGUUUAUGGCUGCCUGCAGCUCAAGGAAGGCAUUGAUCUCAAGAACCUAGCACUUGAUAAGUCCUACAUUGUCCAAUACUAUGAGGCUGAGAAGACAUACUUUCAUUAUCAUGGCCCAAAUGUAAUGUUAGCCAUCAAUGGCACAUUUCCAUAUUGGGAGGAGAAUGAACGUAAUCAACUUGAGUCUUGUAUUAUGCAAUUUCAGGAACUGAAUUCUGUCAAGAACUUGUCCACAUCUUGGCUUCAUUCCUUCGAAAAGCAUGCAGAGGAACAUGGUAAUAACAUCAGCACAGAAGCUACAUUUAAAACACAUCUGUAUCAGUUUUUGGACCACCAUCCAGUGCUCAAACAGGAUGUCAACAUAACCAAUAAUGACAUAGUUGCUUCACGUCUGUUUCUUCAGACAAUUGUUCAGAACUUCACAGAGAAGAACAUGUUGAACUCACUACGGAAGAGAGCAGAGAGCUGCCUGUGUCCACUGUUGGUCUACCAUCCAGCGUUUAUAUACCACGAUCAGUAUACUGUAAUAGGGCAUAUCACUCUUCAGACCGUCACGGUGGCAACCGCAGUAAUGCUGGCCAUCUCUCUUGUGCUGAUUCCAAAUCCUCUUUGCGCCUUGUGGGUGGCCUUUGCAAUUGCUUCAGUUAUUUUGGGAGUCACCGGCUUCAUGGCACUGCUAAACAUUAGCCUUGAUUCAAUCUCCAUGAUAAACUUGGUCAUUAGCAUCGGCUUCUCCGUGGACUUCUCUGCUCAUAUCUCCUAUACGUUCGUGUCCAGUACUAAGCCCGAUGUGAACGAGAGAGUUGUGGAGGCACUGACGCACCUGGGCUACCCCAUACUUCAAGGGGCUCUUUCUACAAUUGUGGGUGUGGUGGUACUUUCAGCUUCCAGUAGCUACAUAUUCAGAACCCUCUUCACCAUCGUGAUGCUAGUCAUUACUUUUGGGUUGCUUCAUGGUAUCGCUUUUAUUCCAGUAUUUCUUACUUUCUUUGGAUUUUGCCACAAGUUGCAGCAGCACUGA